GCAAGAUGGAGCACGGAAGCCUGCACGCUCUCCUCCUCACUCUGCUGCUGAUUGGUGAAGCUCUAAUUGGAGUUCAUUCUCAGCAGGGUGUUGAAGACAACGAAAGCUGGAUGAAAGCUUGCAAGUGUGACUGUGAGGGAGGGGAGUCACCCACCGAGUUCACCUCCAUUGCCACUGGCACGAGCUGGAGCCGUGGACUGGAGUGCAUGCCGGAAUGCCCAUACCACAAGCCUUUGGGCUUUGAGGCUGGAUCGGUCACUCCAGAUCAGGUCAGCUGCUCUAAUGAAGACCAGUACACCGGCUGGUUCUCCUCCUGGACCCCCAGCAAAGCCAGACUCAACAACCAGGGAUUUGGGUGUGCCUGGUUGUCUAAGUACCAGGACACCAACCAGUGGCUGCAGAUUGACCUGAAGGAGGCGAGGGUGGUGUCCGGCAUCCUGACCCAAGGGCGCUGUGAUGCGGAUGAGUGGAUUACCAAGUACAGCGUUCAGUACCGCACUAAUGAGAACCUCAACUGGAUCUACUACAAAGACCAGACUGGCAAUAACAGGGUGUUUUAUGGGAACUCUGACCGCUCGUCCUCAGUUCAGAACCUGCUCCGCCCGCCCAUUGUGGCCCGCUACAUCCGCAUCAUACCUCUGGGCUGGCACACCCGCAUUGCCAUCCGCAUGGAACUGCUGCUCUGCAUGAACAAAUGCACCUGAGGCGAAGUUUGGCCUGUAAUGAUGCACCUAGCCCUUUAACCACUCAAAGCUCCCUUUUCCUCACCAGCACCACCCAAGUGUCUGUGCCGCAAAAG